AAAUAACAAACACAUUUUGUUUAGUGCAUUUUCAAUCUCUCAAAAUGUAGACACUUCUAUGGCCAGGUUCAAAGCCACUCAAAAUCGAAAUGCUCAUUUUGUAAGUUUCAACAGUAACAAAAUCAUCUCUUUCUCUCUCUAUUUCUCUCAAUGAAAAGCUAAAAAGAAUCCAUUGAAGUAUAAUGGCCUUUCUUCUACCAAACAUCUCUCCUCCUCUCCUUCUCAACUCGAAAUCCUCAUCCCCAAAAGAAAAGGAAAAAUCAUCAAAUUACCACACCCUAAUACCUUCUCCUUCUUCUUCUUCUUACCAAUCCACAACCAUUUCAACAACAAAAAACAAACGCACCAGUAAUAACACCCCCUUAUCUCCUCCUCCACCUCAGGACAAGCAGAAACACCAAAAAGAUGACUUCUAUGUCAAUCUUGGCCUAGCUGUACGGACACUUCGAGAGGAUUUGCCUUCGUUGUUUGCUAAAGACCUGAAUUAUGACAUUUACAGGGAUGAUAUUACCUUUCUUGACCCGUUAAAUACGUUCACUGGCAUUGAGAAAUACAAAUUGAUAUUUUGGGCAUUGAGAUUUCAUGGGAAAAUUUUAUUUAGAGAGAUUUCGGUUGAGAUUUAUAGGAUUUGGCAACCAUCUGAGAAUGUAAUUUUGAUUAGAUGGAAUUUAAAGGGUGUUCCUAGAGUGCCAUGGGAGGCCAAGGGACAAUUUCAGGGCACUUCAAGGUAUAAAUUGGAUAGAAAUGGUAAAAUUUAUGAACAUAAAGUUGAUAAUUUGGCCUUUAAUUUCCCUCAGCCACUUAAACGACCUACUUCUGUGUUGGAUUUGGUGGCUGCUUGCCCAGCUAGCCCUAAUCCCACAUUCUUGUGGGGCCCUUCUGUAGAUUUGUAUUCAUCUUCUUGGGUGGAGUUUUAUAGCGCAGUUAGAGAGACUUUGGAUCAAGAAAGCUGCCAAUUACUACAAGUGCAGGAUGCUUUGGUUACUUGCUCAUAGUGUACAUUCAAGAAUUUUGAUUCAUCAGAUAUGUAUUAUUAUAAGUCAAUUAUUGAAUCAAAGAAUCCAAUCCAAAUAGUAUUAUGUACAUAGGCAAAGAUGCUAAAUACUUCAAUUUCUGCUAGUGGGGUUAGAGAAGCUCACACAUUUCAUAAGCUCCUAUAGGUCAGAUAUGUAUACUAAAUCUUCCACUUAUUAUUUAAAUAAUAGAGCUUUUUUUUUUUUUUCUU